ACCCAUCGAGGGGAAGAAGUGUGUAUAAUGAGCCCGCUGCUCCUGCGCUGUUCGUCCGGCUGCCUUGUGACAGUUCUCGGCUCAUUUUCCGCCUCUCGAAACAAACUCAUCACACAAGCAGCGGCGGCUCCUCACCUGUAUUAUCUGAGAAAAACGAUGCACUAUCACACGGAGGAGAGAGGACACCCCCAUUCCCCCGACUACCGGAUUUAUUUUAAAAACGCUGAAGGAAAAUACAUUUCACCGUUCCAUGACAUUCCACUUAUAGCCGAGUCAGAACAGGACAAUGACGUGCCAGCUAAAAAACCCAGGAAGAAUGAGAGUGAGGUGCUCUUCAACAUGGUUGUGGAGGUUCCUCGGUGGUCAAAUGCUAAAAUGGAGAUUGCAACAAAAGAACCGCUGAACCCGAUCAAACAAGACGUAAAGAAAGGAAAGCUCCGGUAUGUUGCCAACAUAUUUCCCCAUAAAGGUUACAUUUGGAAUUAUGGGGCAAUCCCACAGACAUGGGAAGACCCAAACCACACAGACAAAGAGACAAAGUGUUGUGGCGAUAAUGAUCCUAUUGACGUCUGUGAGAUCGGCACCCAGGUGUGCUCUCCAGGUCAGGUGAUUCAAGUGAAAGUGCUUGGCAUCUUGGCUAUGAUCGAUGAGGGAGAAAUGGAUUGGAAGGUUAUCGCUAUCAAUGCUCAGGAUCCAGAUGCCAAAAGUUUAAACAGCAUAGAGGAUGUCCGAAAGAGUCGGCCUGGUCAUCUAGAGGCCACUGUCGACUGGUUUAGGAAAUAUAAGGUGCCUGAUGGAAAACCUGAGAACCAAUUUGGAUUCAAUGGACAAUUCAAAGACAAGGACUUUGCAGUUGAGAUUAUUAAGUCCACCCAUGAGCACUGGAGGGCACUAGUGCGGAAGCAGACGAAUAGUGGAGGAAUUGAAUGCAAAAAUAUCUCCUGCUGUGAGAGCCCUUUCAAAUGCAGUGCAGACGAGACCAAAGAUGUGGUCCAGUCGGCCCCUGCAUAUGGCAGUGCACAUCCUGUGUCUCCAGAGGUGGAUAAAUGGCAUUUUGUCUGAAGCCCUAAACACAAUAUGGAAACCAACAAAACUUAACAUCACAUGAAGCAGUUGCAUCUUUUGUAAGCAGCUGGAUUUAUUUUUGGUAAGAACUCAUUCUCCAAUAUAUAAAGUGCCAUCUACGUUUAUUAUACAACAAUUUGUGGGGGAUGGGGACAUUAAUAGCCAAUGCUUUGAAAAUAUUAACCAAUGAAGAUCUGUACGUUUUGUAAUGUUAAGUAAAGAACCAUAAAUAAGAUUUGUUUUGUGUCUGGACUUUGUGUUGAGAUUGAAAGUUGUGUUAACGCACUCUAAUUUGUGUUUUAGAAUGUAAGUAAUCUGUGCUUGUAAUCACACACACAACGCAAUUUGUAUGUAACAAGAAAACGUGUCUCCCUGUUUGGGUAAAUAAAACAAAUAAGGCUUGAA